UCCAGCGCCCGACAUUCCUCGGAGCCUCAGCGAGACGCGCAGAACCGAGUCAGCAUGGCCGAGCGCCGCGUUCCCUUCUCGCUCCUGCGGAGCCCUAGCUGGGACCCUUUCCGCGACUGGUACCCGAGCCACAGCCGCCUCUUCGAUCAGGCCUUCGGAAUGCCGCGGCUGCCGGAGGAGUGGUCGCAGUUGUUCAGCCACAGCGGCUGGCCGGGCUACGUGCGCCCGCUGCCCGCUGCCGGCGAGAGCCCCAGGGUAGUGGCCGCGCCCGUCUACAGCCGCGCGCUCAACCGGCAACUCAGCAGCGGCAUCUCGGAGAUCCAGCACACGGCCGACCGCUGGCGGGUGUCCCUGGACGUCAACCACUUCGCCCCCGAGGAGCUGACGGUCAAGACCAAGGAUGGUGUGGUGGAGAUCACUGGCAAGCACGAAGAGAGACAGGAUGAGCAUGGAUUCAUUUCCCGGUGCUUCACGCGAAAAUACACGCUGCCUCCUGGUGUGGACCCCACCCUGGUGUCCUCUUCCCUGUCCCCUGAGGGCACGCUCACCGUGGAGGCUCCGAUGCCCAAGCCAGCCAGCCAGUCAGCAGAGAUCACCAUCCCUGUCACCUUCGAAGCUCGUGCCCAGCUUGGGGGCCCAGAAGCUGGGAAGUCCGAUUAGCCUGGAGCCAAGUAAAGGCCUUAGACCUGCUUCAGACCCUCCCAUUAGCAAUCACUGGCCAUCCCUACCUGUCAGCCUGUAUGCUCUUUUGAUAUGUUUAUGUUCUGUUUUUCUCAAAUAAAGUUCAAAGAAAUUG